UCCUACUCCCUCCAAGAAGAGUCUCAAAGUCCAAGCAGCAGCAACAGACAAACAUGAGUAUGAAGAGCAUGGUUAUAGUCUUGGCUGUGAUAUUCUGUGCUACAACUGUGAAAGGAUUUCCCAUGUUUAAAGGGGGACGGUGUCUUUGCACAGGCCGUGGAGUAAAAGCAGUGAAAGUGGCAGACAUUGAGAAAGUCUCCAUAAUUUACCCAACUAAUAACUGUGACAAAACAGAAGUGAUUAUCACCCUGAAAGCACAUAAGGGACAAAGAUGCCUAAAUUCCAAGUCAAAGCAAGCAAAUGUUAUAAUCAAGAAAGUUGAAAGAAUGAAUUUUUUGAAAUAUCAGAACAUAUGAAGUCCUGGGAAAGAGGAUUUGAAAACCUAGAACAACUUACUGUGACUACUGAAAUGAUGGGAAUUCUUAAUAGGAAACUGACUUUCUGCUGCCUGUUGCAAUGUACACUCAUGCAUUUCAAGGUUUAGGAAACUUUCUAGGAGGUUUUAUGCUUAUAACUAUUCUGCUGUGGCUAUAAAAACAUCUCUGUCUCUAAAAGUUAUGUCUGUACUUGAUCUAUAUAUUUCAUGUUACACUAUAACAUUAUUACUGGAGUCAAGACCAUGGCUUGUAAGUCAAAAGCACCCAUGUGUGGAAUAAACAUUCCUGAAGUAAUUUUUUAUUCAAAUCCACAUUUCUUUCCCCCCAAAUUAUAUAUGCAUAUAAAUGGAAAAAGUUUUUAUAUAUCACCUUGUUUUAUUUUUUUUAAGUCUGUAAUUCAUGAAAUAUACUAUGAAGAUAAUUAUAAGGUAAGGGUAACUAGUAACAGUGCAAAUAUUUUAUAACUGAGUAAGUAGCUCUGAUCUUGGGGUUUUUUUUUUAACAACUUGGCUUUUUUUUCAUUGAGAUGUUUUGAAGCAAUUAGGAUAUAUGUGUUUACCAUGAAUUUUGGUUUAUCUAUUCUUAUAAAUUAUAGCAGUAUU